AUGGAAGUGAAAAACCAACUUGAAGAAGAGCGAAAAAAUAGAGAAGUAAUGGAAGCUCGUUUAGUGCGUGACCAAAAAUUGUUAAAAGAGAGUGUAAUGGCACUCAUGUCUCAUUUGCAGAAUUACAAGAAUGCCCCCCCCGAUACAAUUCUCAAUAUAAUUACCAAUUCAACUAGUUCAAAUGAGAUAAGCUCUACAAGUCUAAUGAAUGACAACUGGGUAAAUUUUCAUGGAAAGCAAACACAAGAAUCAGAUAUGAAAAAAGAAUUGGACAACUUGAAAGAUAACUUGACUUUUGAGAAGCAAAAUUUAGAAAUGGCCGCAUAUGAUUGUGAUAAAUUCAGAUCUUUGUGCGAUGAAAAAGAUGCAGAGCUUAAGAUUUUCCAUCAUAUGAUGGCAGGGACAGCUUGGAGAAUAGGUUUGGUUUUCGGUGGUCCAUCAGUUGAUCAACACAGGGCAAUUGUUUGA